AUGUAUAUGGGAUUUCACUUAUCAGCUACCAUGAUAAAAAUAUCAUGAAAAACAAGGAUUGAAAUAAAAAAAAAAAAAAUUAACACACUUUCUUCACCAUGUUGGUGCUGAGUAAAUUUGGAUAAUUAUUUCUCAUUAUUUAUCAUUUUUAAGCUGCACAUAUUUAGACUCUGUUUAAUAGAUUUUUUGCUAUUUACUUUUUAUUUAUUUCCUCUUUUGCAAAAAAAAAAAAAUGUUUCUGACAAAUCGUCACCAAAGACAAAAUUCCUUCUUUUUAUGUUUUGUGGAAAACGACGCCGUUACCUGGUCUGAUGGAUAGAAUUGCACAGGUUUCUGUCUUCCGCGGCUCAAAUUCCCAAAUUCCAAAGUUCCUUAGCAGAGCCGAUUCAAUCGAUGUGUAGUGAAAGGCGUAUGGAUGUUUAAUCUCGUGGAUGGUUUUGGUAAUUGCUGCUUAUAGAGGAAUUUGAGGUUCAUAAGGAUUGGUUUUGGCAAUAAAAUCCUUUAUUCAAAAUGUCUUCGUGUGAGAAUGUACGACCAAGUGAAGUUGGGAGCCAAGGUCAUCAAAAUGCUCCUCCUGUUGUAAGUGAUGGCCGCUCAAAACCCGAUGAUGGUGUGGAGGAGAUUGAGGAAGAAGUGGAGGAUGAGGAGGAUGAAGAGGAAGAUGUAGAUUUCAAUCCCUUUUUGAAGGAAACACCUUCUCCAGAAGCUUCUUCUAGUUUGAGCUCUGAAAUCGAGGGUUUAGAUGUUGAUGUUGUUGAUAGUAGAGCAAAUACGCAUGUUACUGCUGAUGUCAAUUCAUCAAAGAUUAAUACUAAGUUGCAAAAUUGUGAAGUUGGAGAUACUGAACAUUGUGAUGAGGAAACUGUGAUGCAAAGUACUGCCUCCCCUGAAGUGCAAAAUACUGAUUCAAGGAAACAUAAUAAGAGGAAGCCUGGAUCUGGUUCUCAAUCAGAAAGAGAAAAGGAAAGUCAGUUGAGCAGUGUAAAAAAUAGUAUGGUAGGAGAUUUGAGUAAUGCUACACAUUUCCGGAAGCCUGUAAUGCAUUUGGAUGAUGCCGAAGAUGAUGCUAUCUGCAGGCGUACGAGGGCUCGCUAUUCGCUUGCCAGUUUCACUCUUGAUGAACUCGAGGCUUUUCUUCAGGAAACAGAUGAUGAGGAUGAUGUUCAAAAUGUUGAUAUUGAUGAUGAAGAGGAGUAUAGGAAAUUUCUUGCGGCUGUUUUGCAAGGGGGGGAUGGUGAUCACCAAUCAACUCAGGAAAAUGAAAAUUUUGAUGAUGAAGAUGAGGACAAUGACGUGGAUUUUGAAAUAGAACUUGAAGAGGCACUUGAGAGGGAUUAUGAUGAAGCUACAGUGGAAAAGACACUGGCAGAGGAAACUCAAAGAGCUGGACGGCGGCCAGAGACAAGGCAGAAUAGACGGCAAAAAGCUUCUGCCCAAUAUGAAAGAAAACUUAUAGAGCAGACUAAGAGGCCAUUGUGUCCCCUCGUACCAAUCUUGCCUAAUGGGCCUUUUGCACCCAUACCUACUCAUAAUGGGAAAACCUGGAUGCCUGAAUUUUACCAGAGUUGUGUGCCCUCAGCAGCAGAUGGUUUCAUCAAUGGAUUUACUCCAUAUCAAAUAGGCCAGUUGCAUUGCUUGAUACAUGAGCAUGUACAACUUCUUAUUCAAAUAUUUUCUCUUUGUGCACUUGAUCAUUCUCGGCAGCAUAUUGCAUCUCAAAUUCAGGGAUUGAUUCUCGAGAUGCUUCACAAACGAGAUGAGGCAAUAGCUUGUAAAAGAAAGCCAUAUCCUGAUACUUGCUUCAGGCCUCCUUAUGUCUCUUCAUCAGUGCCAAAUGAGGUCCCUCUUUUGUGCCCCAUGCAGAGCACCUCUAAAACAUCUACACUUAAUGCUGAUGGAGUCUGCUUUUCCCCAAACACUGAUAUGCCUGAUUCUCAAAAUAUUUCCAGUCCUAGAAGAAGAUAUGAACACGUCUCUAAUGGACAAUUGUGCUCUUCCUGGGUGCCUUUUUUAAGCAGCCCAGUAAUGUCCAUUCUUGAUGUUGCUCCACUUAAUUUAGUUGGGAGAUACAUUGAUGAUGUUUAUUCUGCUAUCCAGGAGCAUCGGCAUCGACACUUGGAGAAUAGUUGUGCUACUCAAUAUGAAAAGGAGCCUCUUUUCCCUCAUCCUUGUUUUCCAUCUAUGGUGGAAGCUAAUAAUGAAGCAUUAAGAGGCAGUGCUCUACCGGCUGGCUGUACAGUGCCAUCGUCAGUCUAUCAGCCUCCACCUAAGAAAACAUUGGCUGCUACACUUGUUGAGAAAACCAAAAAGCAGUCUGUUGCUGUAGUCCCUAAGGAAAUUGCCAAGUUAGCACAGAGAUUUUUUCCUUUGUUCAAUCCUGCUUUAUUUCCACAUAAGCCACCUCCUGUGGCAGUUGCAAAUCGGGUUCUUUUUACAGAUGCAGAGGAUGAAUUACUGGCUUUGGGCUUAAUGAAAUAUAAUUCAGAUUGGAAAGCGAUUCAGCAUCAUUUUCUUCCUUGCAAAUCUAAGCAUCAGAUUUUUGUCAGGCAAAAAAAUCGCUGCUCAUCUAAAGCGCCAGAAAAUCCCAUAAAGGCAGUCCGGAGAAUGAAAGCCUCUCCUUUGACUGCGGAAGAGAUGCGAGGUAUUCAGGAGGGGCUCAAGGUUUUUAAACUUGACUGGAUGUCCGUCUGGAAAUUUAUUGUCCCUCACAGGGAUCCAUCCUUACUUCCCCGGCAAUGGCGCAUAGCCCUUGGAACUCAGAGGUCAUAUAAACAAGAUGCAGCCAAGAAAGAGAAGCGGCGGCUAUAUGAAUCAGAAAGACGAAAGCGUAAAGCUGCCGAGUUGACAAAUCGGCAACAUGCACCCAAUAAAGAGGACUGUCAAGCUGAAUAUACUGGUGUAGAGAAUUGCAGUGGAGAUGAUGACAUGGAUAAUGCAGACGAGUCUUAUGUUCAUGAGGGAUUUUUAGCUGAUUGGAGGCCAGGUGCUUCCAAGCUCAUUUCAUCUGAAAGUCCUUGCACAAACAUUAGAGGCAAGAACCUUCCUAAUAUGUCAAGUGAAGAGGGUGCUCAUGUCAGAGAACAAUCAAAUAGCUGUAUGUCUGCAGUUGUUCAGCCCUUGACCGGCCAUAUGCAGGGAUCUCCACAUGUGUUGAACCAUCCCCAGCAUCCUUACACCUUUUCUCAUUGUGCAUCCAGUGCAUUGCAGCCAACCCAUCAAGUUCCUAAUAUGAUAUUAAAUACCUCCAAAUCUCAAAUAUGUUUACGACCAUAUCGAUCUCGUAAAUCCAACAAUCUACGUGUAGUGAAAUUGGCGCCAGACUUGCCCCCAGUGAAUCUUCCACCAACUGUUCGUGUAAUCUCAGAGUCAGCUUUGAAAAUCAAUCAAUGUGGGGCAUACACCAAGGUAUCUGCAACCGGAGAUGUUGUUGAUGUUGGAAUUGGAAAUAUGGUUUCUCCAUAUUCUCAUCUUGCUAUGUCAUCAUUGAUGAAUAAAAGAGAUAAAAGCAAUCCAACAAGAGAAAAUGUCACAAAUUCACGCUCAGAAGUUGUCAAGGACAAAAGUGUUGCAGAAGAAAGAAGUAGUCAUACGGAUCUUCAGAUGCAUCCUUUGCUGUUCCAGGCCCCUGAAGAUGGACAAGUGCCAUAUUAUCCAUUGAAUUGUGGAACUGGUUCAUCCAGCUCUUUCAGUUUCUUUUCUGGGAAUCAACCCCAACUAAACCUAAGUCUCUUUUACAAUCCCCAGCAAGCCAACCAUGCUGUUGAUAGUUUGACCAAAUAUGUGAAGAGGAAGGAAUCCAUUUCAGCAUCAUGUGGCAUUGACUUCCACCCGCUUCUGCAAAGAACUGAUGAUACAAAUAGUGAACUAGUGACUGCAUGCUCAACUGCUUCUCCAUCUCUUGGUUUGGAUGGCAAAUCUGCUACACCCUGUAAUCCUUCCAAUUCUGUCCAGAUGAAGUCAGUAGUCCAUUGCAGCCCAUGUGCCACCAGAUCUAGACCCUCUAGUCCUAAUGAGAAGUCCAACGAGCUAGACUUGGAGAUCCAUCUCAGUUCUUCAUCUACUAAAGAGAAUGCAGCAAUAAGUAGGGAUGCGACUGCACAUUCUAAAAACUCAUCAGUUAGUUUACUAAAUUCUCAAAAUGCAACCGAAACGCAAGACGCUUUCCAUUCAUCAGGCAACAAGUUUGUUUCUGGUGCCCAUGCAUCUAGUGUAUCAAGCAAAAUCAUUGGCAGAUACAUUGAUGAUCCAAGUGACCAGUCUCAUCCGGAGAUCGUGAUGGAAAAGGAAGAGUUAAGUGACUCAGAUGAAGAGAUUGAAGAACAUGUGGAGUUUGAGUGUGAGGAAAUGGCUGAUUCUGAAGGAGAAGAAGGUUCAGGCUGUGAGCAAGUUUCUGAGAUGCAAGAUAAGGAGGCCCAAGGUUCUACAACACAAGAAAUUGUGACAGACGAAGAUUGUAACAAUCAGGAAUGCGAAUUAAGCACCCACGGUAACUCACAGGGCAAUGUUUGUGUGCCUGAAAGGGGAAACCCGCCUUUCUUGAAGCUGGGUUUGACAUGUCCAAAGAAGGAUGCAAGCAGUUGCUGGCUGAGCUUGGAUUCAUCUGCAUCAGGCCGUACUUCACGCUCCAAAUCUAAGAAUGAAGCGAGUACAAUGAGCAAAAGCCCUCCGACUAAAACUUUGGCUCCAUAUCGUCUCAGCAGACCUUUGAAGCAGGCAACACCAAUCACAAGAAAAGUUACGGUGCAGGAGCAUGCUAUAAACAUGCCAGAACAACUCAGCUUGGGUCCUCUUUCUGUUCCUACAUUGAGGAAACCAAGAAAGCGUACAUGUCGGGCUAAUGCAAUCGCACAAGCUGGUUCGAGUUUAGGGAACCCAAAAAAAGAUGCUAAAGACAGUGGUUAGUUAACUACACAUUCAUUGUUGGUGAAUGGUGAUCAAUCUAAAGGGUUUCCUUAUAUUCCUUGGAUGCUGCCAACCCAAUUUGGACAUGAGAAACUUAAGUGGAAACUCAAAUAAGCGAAAAAGAGAGAUAAUCGACCCUCCUUCCUCAAGCAAGUUUUGGAGUUAGUGUUUUCAUACGACUGUUGACAUGGCUGGGAGGAGGGUCUUCUUCCAGAUUUUGCACCUCCACUGUCUUAAAUCUUGCUGUAAAUUGUACAGUUAUUAUGCAAUGGCGUGAGCAUCAAGUGUCCGUUUGUCAAUGCUCUUGUACACAAACUUUGCUUUGUAUUUAUUAGGGACGAUUUCAAUUCAUUGAAAUGAGAUAUCCUUUAUUCCCCUUCUUCAUGGGUAUAA